AUGAAGCUGCUUCUUUUUGUAUGCUUGCUUGGCCUGGCUCUGAGCCAUGAGCUGUAUACGUACUAUACGCCCGGACUUGGCUAUUAUGCACCGGGAUUGGGCUAUACACGCACUGCGGCUGCCGUUGUCCCUCUGGCCUAUUCGCGCCUGAUUGCGCCCGGCGCUCAAUCGCAUGUGUACAACAGUGUGGAGACCCCGAACUCCUUUCAGCAGCAGUAUCGUACCGACUACAAGCCCGUCAGCUACGAAUAUAUUUACUAA